CCCAGACCCAUGCGAAUUGCAUCGUCUCAAUGCAAUCAAUCAGCAACCACACCAACGACAGGCAAACGGGCAAACAUGCCGGCUAGUAGAACCCCCCUCCGCUUCUCUUCUCUUUCUCCAAAUCUCGAUUGGCCUUGUUGAUGGCGAAAUACAAGAGAAAAGCCGAUGCCGGGAGCGAAGAAAGCAUCACGGCCCAGGUGCCGCCGACGCCAAGUACCGGGCCGGCCGUGCGGAACUUCUCCGGGUAGAAGAGCUCGUAUAAGCAGCCGAUGAAGGCGAUGGACGUGAUGACGCAUGUGAGGAGAGCCACGGGGACGGGGAGAGGGAAGUCCAGCCAUGACUUGUCGUCUUGUGCGCUAUUCUGGGCUUGGUCCUGCUGCGUCCUCUGGAACACUGCCAAUACACACACACAGAUGAAUGAUUGCCUUGCUGCUGAAAAGACCCCUUCGCGGCCCUCCGUCCCUCCCUCCCUCUGUUGCUUGAUGUCUUACUGGCAAUGUUUUCCUGCAUGGCUCUGUUCUCAAUCUCCUUGGCGGACAGGCCAUCGACGUCCCUCGCCUUCCGAAGCAUCUCAACAGUGGACGGCUCCUCAUCGCCGCCCUUGGCAGAAUCUGAAGAAGACGCCUUCUCGGCCGUGUCCACAGCUGAUGCUGGCUUGUCAGAGCUGCUGGAUUCAGACAUGAGGGCAGUCCGCCAUCGUGAGAGAGUAAGAUGCCUGCUGCUGCCGGUCCGUACGAGGGCUGCUGGUGAGAAAGAAGGCGUGAAUGCAGCAAUGGACUCGCAGAUCAGAGCCACCAGCACACCGGCAUAACACAGCUUCAUUAGCAGACCACUUCACUUUGUGAAAUGGGUCAAAAGGCUUGCAGCAGGCUCGUUCGCGUCGAGGAGGGAAGGGAG